AUGGAAAGGUACACCAAAAUUGAGGAGGUUGGAAGGGGCGGCUUUGGGGUUGUUUGGAAAGCGAAGAACAAGCAGACUGGAGAAAUUGUUGCAAUCAAGAUGGUGACAAAUAAGAGAUUUGAAACAUGGGAAGAAUGCAUAAAUCUCAGGGAAGUAAAAUCCCUGAGGAGGAUGAACCAUCCAAACAUUGUGAAGCUCAAAGAAGUGAUCAAAGAACAGGGCACUCUGUAUUUCGUGUUUGAAUACCUGGAUUUCAAUCUGUUGCAUCUGAUCGAGCACAAAAAGAGGACGGGAGCAACGAGUUUUCCAGAAUCCCUAGUCAGAGAUUGGUGUUUCAGAGUUUUUCAGGGCCUGGCUCACAUGCACGAACGCGGAUACUUCCAUCGGGACCUGAAACCCGAGAAUUUGCUUCUUUCAGAAGGCCGCGUGAUCAAGAUUGCUGAUAUGGGUCUUGCCCGGGAAAUUGAUUCUCAGCCUCCGUACACUGAAUACGUCAUGACGAGGUGGUACCGGCCGCCGGAAGUUAUACUCAACUCGCCGGAUUAUGGCCCGGCGGUUGAUAUGUGGUCAAUGGGUGCAAUCAUGGCAGAGCUCUUUACUCUGUUUCCCCUGUUUGAUGGUUUGGAUGAGGCCGAUCAGAUGUACAAGAUAUGCUGUGUUUUAGGGACUCCGACGGAGAAAGACUGGCCGGAAGGAAUUCGACCAGCUAAAAUUCUUAACUACAAGUUUCCACAAUGUGAAGGCAUCUAUCUCCCUGGCUUGAUCCCUUCUGCAUGCCCGGAUGCAAUUAAUCUGAUUCAAUCACUCUGUUCUUGGGAUCCAUGCAAGAGGCCAACUCCAGCACAGGCGCUUAAACAUCCCUUUUUUCGGAGCUGCUACCGAGUUCCAGCACCGUUACCGGAGCAGAAGUAUUCCAUCAAGAGCAAUUUGAAGAAGCAACACCCAAUUCAACGGCCUGUAAAUGUGAAGAAUGAUGUAGUUUCUGAUGCAGAUAAUAAGUUUACAAAAUUGGCCAUUUAUAAUGGCUUUGGAAAACCGUCGCAGCCGCUUCAAAAUCCAUUGCCUCAGUCUACGACAACAGUCUUGAUGGAGAUGAUCAACCGAUGGAACAACCAGAAAUCCAAUAUGUGCGCUGGAAGAUCUGAAGUGAUGCUCCCACAUAAGAAGAUAGACUUACCAUUAUCCCUUUGUUAA